CUGGGCUGUCUGCAUGACGGUGAGGGAAACGCGUGCCAGGGACAGGAGAGAUUCAUCAUGUCUGCUUCAACGUCCCCCGUCACAGCGAGCACUGAGCUUCAUCCGUGGAAGUUCUCACCGUGCAGCCUUAAAGAUAUGGAGCAGUUUUUAACGACACACGGAAACCCGUUAGUAAACACAUUGUUACAUGUACAUUAAAAAGACCAAAAAAAACAACAAUAAAUAUAUAUAUUUAAAUAACAGGGGGGGGGUCGCCAAGGUGGUCAUAACAAGCUCUACAAUAGAAGUUAUAGAGUUGUCAGGUAGUUUUUAAGAAAAAAUUGUGGUCUUUAGAAAUAAGAAUGAACGUCUCAGAAGCACGCGAUGCUGUGGCGUCAAUUUUUUGGCCAAAGACAAAAAACAAAAAUCUACGGAUAUGUUCUUGGGGUUCAAGGUUAUUACACUGCCUGUGUAAAGCUCGAUAUUGCCGUUACGUAAAAUAUGAAUUAUGAGUCAGGAGCGGUUAUUUGAUGCACAAGCGUUCAUUCACAGACAAAUGGCGGAGUGUCUGGCCCAGCGGUUGGUUGUCAACGAGACCGUCCCCACCAUCACAGGCCGCAUCGUGGGUCAAGAAGUGUCUGUCGAUGUGCAGUGUCAACGCAUCUAUGGCCCCACGUCUAGUCUGUGUAGG